AUGCCCGAUGGCGACAGCGACGUGCGCCUCAGUUUGCAUCUUGCCGCAAUGGAGCACGUCGUCUUGUUCAAGUGGAAGGAAGACGCGUCCGAAGCCGCGAUCGCCGACAUCGGCGCUGGGCUCGUCGCGAUGCGCGACAAGAUCCCGGGCGUCGUCGACCUCGCUUACGGCCAAGACUUUACCAUCAACCGCGCGAAAGGCUUUACGCACAUGCUCAUCGUGCGCCUCACGGGUCGCGACAUGCUUCAGGGCUACGCUGAGCACCCCGAGCACCAAAAGGUGCUUGUCAAGAUCCGCGAAAUCGCCGCCGACAUAAUGGCCAUGGACUUUGAGAGCCCGCGGUUCGCGCCGUCCGCCUAGAUGUUAAGAGUUACAUUGCGAUUGUUCAAUGCACGAAUUUGGCUAUUUUGUCGACUUUACCGCACGGCCCAC